AUCAAAUCAGCUUUUUUAUAAAGAAAAAAUUCUUAGAAUUCUUAACACAAUAGUAUCAUUCCUGACUUUAGUAAGAUAACUAGUGAUAAUUUUUUUUGCCUCGCUUGCUUUCUAGACAUCAUUCUGAAAGUAAUUUGAUCACCUGCUGUUACCAUGAAAUAAAUUCUCAGAAUUUUCUUAAUAUUUUAUUACAACAAUGUCUUUUACUAUUUUCACAAGAUAGCUAGUGUUACUUCAGUCAUAUGAUUGAAGUAAACUUUUUGAUGCAAAGAAACAACUUCAUAAAAUGAAGGUUAAGGAUGCUUAAUGUUUUUUCAACAUGACGAAAGGAAGAAGGAAAGUAAAAGAUAGAAACAUAAAACAUGAUAAUGCAAAAAGCACAGAAGAAAAAAACAAGGAUAAAAUUUCAGGCAUUGAGCACAAAGAAAUACCAAAACAAAAUAAAACCAAAGCCAUAGAAGAAUUAAAAAUAUUUUCUAAUACAUUUUCACUUGAACCUAGCAAUAUUCAAGUAAGUUUUGGGGAUUUUCCUGCAUUACCUUCGUCCAGAACUGAUGCAAACCGUGUAAAUAAUGUUACUUCUACUGGUGCUGCAGGCCUUGUAAAAAAUGUUGCUUCUGGUGCUGCUACAAACAAUGUAAAUAAUGUUGCGGUUAGAGCUUCUGCAAAACAUACAAAUACUGCUGUCUCAGAUGCUAUGACAGGCAAAGUAAAUAAUGGUACUUCUCAUGCUGCUGCAGGUUAUGUAGAUACUGUUGCUUCUAGAGCUUCUGUGAACCAUGCAAAUACUUUUGUUUCAAGUGUCAGUUCAAGCCAUAAAAAUAAUGUUGUUUCCAGUGCUGCCAGAGGCCAUGUGAAUGGUACCUCUCAUGCUACUGCAGUUCAUGUAAAUACUGUUGCUUCUGGUGACAAUGCUGACAGUGUAAACAAUGUUGCCGACGCCCUAGAGGGAUUAAGCAUUGAACAGGGGAGUAAUCUUUCACAUAAGCAUGAGAAAGUAAAUUCUUCUGCUGAAAAUGGAAGUGAGAAUACUGAUAAUAACAUGUCGUGUCCUGUGAUAGAAAAAGAUCUAAUAGAUUUGAAGCAGAAAGUGUUAGCUAUUCUCACAAGCAGUGGUGGUAAACUGAGUAUCAAUGAAGUAUGCAAUCAAUUCAAGGAGCUGUAUGGGAAAAAUAUUAGAAAGUUUUAUCGAAAACUUAAAGUUGGGAGAGUUUUAAAUUUUUUUCAAAAAAACUUGACAGAUGUUAUUGACAUUGAUACCGAAUCCAAGUCAAAUAUCACAAUGGUAUAUGAGUACGGAAAAGGACCAACUAGUAAGCCAUUUAAUGAACAGUUGCAGAAAAUGUCAAAAAAGGACUGUGAAAGACAACUCAUAAGGUCUGUUGCACAUAUCCAGGGCAGUUCAAAACAAACAGCCAUUGCCGUGGAUGACGAAGAAGACAGUAGUGAUGAAGAGGCAUUACCCACCAAAAAAGGUCAUUCUUGGAAAGUUCUUGCUCAAAGCGACGGCUUUGUUAAAGAAGAUAUUGUUCAAAAAUUCAGUUUUUACCGUGACUUUCAGAUGCUUCAUGUAGCCUAUGUAAAGUAUCGCAUUAUUGUGAUGUAUAAUUGUUAUGGACAAAAGUCACUCAGGCUUCAAUAUUUCAAUGUAUUAUUUAAGGAGAUGUUCCGGGAAAGUUUUUUUAACAAAGGCAUUCUCAAAUAUUUUAUAUCAGGGGAUGGGGGAUCUCCAGAUAUGAUCAGAAUGUUUUUAAACACAUUUUGUUCAGAUUUUUUAAAAGUUACAAGUGAUCUUCAUGUGGAAUUAAUUCUAAGUAUUCCAGUGUUACAUAUAAAAUAUCACAGGCAGUUGAUUUCAACAGUUGAGAAAUUGGAAGGAGUGUGUGCUGCAAGUAGAAAUUUAGACCCUACACCUGCAGAGAUGAUGCUACUUGGCUUUGCUGGGAAUGGUGAUAUAGAUGUAACACGUAUACCUGAUAGACGUUCUGGUCUUAGUACUAUGGUAACAGAAUUUCCUGAUCCAAGGAAUAGACACUUGCAGGGUCGCGAAAGACCAACUGUUGGUGAAAUUAAUGAACGUGUCAAUCAAAUCAGAAAUAGGAUUUGCAGAGAAGGGCGUUCUGUUAAAAUUACAGAAUUGUUGAAAGAAUUAUGCCAGUUCUAUCAAGUGGGCUCCAUACGGGAGUUGCGUCCUUUAGAAAGUCGAGAUCUCAGAAAAGAUAUUGACAUUCCAGCUAUUUUUGAACUCAUGCGAUUACAAGGAAAGGUCAAUGCGUUUAUUCAGGCGUUUGUUACAUUUCGAAAUAUAUGCACACUACAUGAGCUUGAGGAAGAACUUUGUAAAAUGGAGGGAAAGUCUACUUUUGAGGAAUUCAAAUUAGGUCCAUUACAGCAACAGUUGCUUGUCUACGAAGUAUUUCAGUUUCCACCAACAAAAGAUACUAUUCCACCAAUCACAACAUUUGAAGUCUUUCGUCUUCUCUGGAAAUGUUUGGAUGUCCAUCGUUUAACCAAUAGCAAGUCUGGAAAGGAAACUAACAAACUGACGUUACAACAGUUUAUGGAGUUUUUCAUUGAACAACAUAAUUUUGUUGAUCCAUUUGAAAGUGGUGUUAAAAUCAGCAGCAUAGCACUUGCUAUACAAGUGUGUAGGAAGGCUUGGUUUGGUGAUUUGCAUAAUGUUCGUGAAAUAUCUAAAAAGUUUUCAAAGCAGUUGUGCGAUGACUUGGAUCAGCAUUUGAUGCAUUCGGGGAAGAAUAUUGUUGGUAAAAAUCCACAUCGCAUUCCUGGAGAGGGUGAAUCACUUAUACAUAAAAUCAAGGACUUACCACUGAUUGAUGCUUUCAAUCAAAUAUACUCAAUGCUCCAAAAAUUAAAAUAUGAAGCUUGCAAAACUUUGCCUAGCACUGCAAACUUGAUCAAUUUUUCAGAUAUUACCAUGAAUGCAUUAACUAUCAUUCAAAAGGACACCUUAAUGAGCAAGGUUUUUCAUGUGCUUUUAUCAACAGCACCAUUGAAAGUGUUGGAGAAAGAUGAUGUUGCUAUUCUGAAAUACCUAGGUUUUAAAGACGUAAUCAAGGAAAUGGUAAAAGAGGAAAAAGAGUUAUCUGUAAAGGCUGGAAAAAAUAUUCAAAGACCUGCAGCAUCGCCUAAAUCUACUGUGCUGAACGUGACAAAGAAAUGGUUGUCCAAAGCAACGGAAUGGAGCAUCAGUGCUUUAUCUAACAUUGAAAUACAAAUCGCAGCUGAAAUCAAUCAGAAUUUUACAGCUUUCGAUGAUUUAGGUCAUGGUCCAUUUCUAAAGUUUAUCUGCCAAGACAGAAAGUUGUCUAAGCUAGCUGAAGCAAAUUUGAGUAGUUCAUUGAGUGGUAUCCAGCAUGAAAUUGGAAAACAAGAAAUUGCUGACUUCACAAACCAAUGUGAAGAAGCAUAUCAAAUGGAACAUGUCACUAAAGCUUUGUUAUUGCAAUUUAAUUUACGAGAAGUUCAAAAACCAUUGCAAAAUAUAAUUACACAGUGCUUUGAGUCAAAACAAAGUGCAUCAUCAAUCAUAGCUUAUGUUCAAGCAUUGCUCUGCGGGUCUGAGUAUCAAUUAGAUUGUUUGUCUGGUGAUAACGCUGACCAAACAUUUAUUGAUUAUGCAACAAAGAGUAUAAGAUCAGCUCCAUCUCUGGUAGAUUUAAAAGUGUGGACAGGCUGGGAGAACAUCUUUGCAGUUAAACUUGGCACUAUUAAACAGUUCUUGAAAAAGUAUUUCAGUGGUAAAGAAGUUGAUUUUUCGUUACUGGAAACGAACAAGGAUUGUAUUGUAAAAGUGAGGAAGGACUGCUCAAUCAAUGAACUGUUAACUGCUAUGAAAGAAUUAGAUGCCCAGAUGACAUCCACUUGUGUGGUAUCGAUGUUCAUCUCGAACAAACACAUCAGCAAUGUACCAAUGGCAUUGCUUUCCAAUCACUUUCAGAAUGUCUUUUUGAAAAUAUCUGCCAAUGCAAAUAAAGCUGAAGAUUUGUUAAAGUUUUGUUUAAAUUGUUUUUGUCUUAUCCCGUUCCCAUUACUGUGCAGCAUUAUAGUCAAACUUUUCCUUGGUCCUUUAAACCAAAUUCAUGGUCAGUUAAAUGUUCCAAAACUGCUGCUAGAAGCUACCCAAGGUUGCUUACAGAAAAGGCGUGUGUUGCACGCCAUAGGAGUGCAUAUGUCAAUUAAUGAAUGGAUGGCAGACUAUAAAAACAUUUUGGAUACACAAAAAGAAUUACCACAGCAAGAAAAGGCUCCACGCAUUGAACAAUGUGAUACUGUGUUGACAGAUGUAAAAAUGGAGGAAGAUGAAACGUCAAAAAUUCAGAAUGAGCCGAAUGUUGUCUCCGACCAGGAUGAUGGUAACAAAGAAGAACAGGGUAGCAUUUUAAAUCAGUUGACACCCGAUGUUGUUGUUGAUGCUGUUGCUGUUGCUACGGGAAACAUUAUUGAUGUGACAGGUGACCAAGAAGAACCAACAGACACUAAUGCUGACCUAUUGGUUGACGCCAUUCAGAAAGUUAAAGUUGACGAAGGCGCCAAAAUAGAAACCAAUGACGGCAACAAAAAUAGAGCAAUUGAAGAUCUCUGCAAGGAGUUUAUUGAGACAAUUAGAAAGUAUCAGUUCGGUGUUGGGAUGCAGUUCGGGGAACAAGAACAAAAAUUAAUCGAGGUCCAUCGUGAACGAGAAGGUCGAUCUUUGCACCGUCUCUCUCAAGAACUAUACACAAAAGAUUCACAUUUUGUGCUGGAAUUAAUUCAAAAUGCUGAUGAUAAUGAAUAUCCACAGCAUUUUAUGACCUCCGAAGCAGUUGAGAAACCUACGGUGGCUUUUAUUGUAGAAAGUGAUAAAAUAACAAUUUUAAACAAUGAAGUUGGUUUCAUGGAAAAAAAUGUUAAAGCACUGUGUGAUGUUGGGAAGAGUACAAAGGGAAUACAUCGAAAAGGUUAUAUAGGUCAAAAGGGUAUUGGAUUUAAAUCAGUUUUCCGAGUGACAGACAGCCCAGAGAUUCAUUCUAACGGAUAUCAUAUUAAAUUUGAUGCACGCACUGGACCAAAUGGUUACAUACUUCCGCAAUGGGUGGAUGAAUGGCAGGACAUAGAUUAUCAGCCAAAUGAAGCAGCUGUACCAUAUUCUUGGACAACAAAGAUUAUUCUGCCACUGAAAAAAGAAAUGCAACGCACAAAACUAACGUCACGAUUCCACGACAUCCACCCGUCACUACUCAUGUUCUUAAACAGACUACAAACAAUAAUUAUUGACGAUAAGGUAUCAGCUAGUGUUAAGAUAAUGUCUAAACAACAAGUGGAUGAGAAUUUAAUUCAACUUUCACAAAAUGAGCACACCACAACAUGGUUCGUAAGAAAUGAGGAAAUACCUAUUGAUGUACGAGAAGAUGUGAAAACGACAGAUAUUUCUGUUGCAUUCCCUUUGUCUCAGGUUGAACAUAAGAUGUUACCAGUUCAACCUGUCUUUGCCUUUCUACCACUUCGAAGUUAUGGUUUUAAAUUUAUCAUGCAAGCUGAUUUUGAAGUUCCAUCAUCAAGAGAGGAUAUUGAUAAAGACAGUCCAUGGAAUCAAUACAUCCUACAGCAUCUUCCUACUCUGGUCGUGAAUACGUUUCAUUCUUUCAAGAACCACGCUCACUUUACUGACUUCGAUGGUGUAAUCGAAUAUUUCAAAUUCAUGGAUUUGGAGGAUCACGUGUUCGGUAUCUUUAAACAGGUAGCCAGACAAAUCAUCAGGUUACUACAGAGAGAAGCAUGUCUUCCUGUGCAGGGUACACACACUCAAGUAGACAAGUGGUCUUUACCAAGUUCUGUCAUCACAUCAAAACAAAAUUACGAUGUCAUUUCAUCUGAUAUGUUACAUGACCAACUUGGUUUGUAUUAUAUUCGUAAGGAAAUUCAAUCCAAAAUUGGCGAGUCUGUGUUGCAUUCGCUCGGUGUUACCAAGUUGUCUCUUAACCAGCUGGUGGACAUCGCGAAAGCAUCUGUGAGAAGGUUUAACGAUAUGCAUAAAGAUGAAUCUAGUGUGUUAGCGAUGAAUGGAUGGAUAGGGAAAUGGUUGUUUGCUGUACAAUCAAUGAUGCAAGAUAGCUGUGAUUACAGCGAAAACACUCUCAACACAUUGAAGUCUCUGCAAAUAUUCGGACUGGCCGACGGUCGUAUGGUCUCAUUGAAAGACGAAACUGUAUUCUUUCCUGUUGAAAGUAGCGCCAAAGGGAGAAAAGGGAAUAAAACGCUUCAAUUGAUUGAGAAUCAUUUAUGUUUUCUUUCGCGCGAAAUCACAUCCAACAUGGAUCAAGUAGAGCAGCUACAAGUGAUGAGACUUUUAAAGGAUCUGGGCGUGAAAACAAUGACCCCGUCUGAUCUGAUACAUAACUUUAUCAUACCUCUCUUUAAAACAGGGAACUGGAAGGGAAAAAAAGAUGACCUGGUCUUAGCUUGCGUGGUCUAUUUACGCCAACAGUUUGUGUUAGAUCCAGACCUCUUUGACAUCAGUGAAAUCAAAGAAGACAUUGUUUUGAUGACAAACAAAGGUUUCAAACAACCUGCCACUGAUAUUAUUUAUCUUACACCUGAGUAUGGUAACCUUAUAAACUUAAAGAAAGUGCUCAAUGCUUGCAAUUGGACGCUGAUUUCGAAGGAAUAUUUAUCAUACAAUGCUUCAACUCUUGAGUGGAAAUCGUGGCGUGACUUUUUACUCGCUCUUGGCCUUCAGUCGUUCUGUGAUAUACGCAAACAUAAAAUAGAAUUGCAUAGGACAGAUUUGGUUGGAACCGUUUGGGAGAAGUAUUAUGAAACCUGGGAACGAACAGAGGAUGAUACAUACGUCAUAUACGAUUUAGUGUGUCCUGAAUUUGACGAGCUGUUGAAAUCUGGCAAUGAAGAACAGAUUAAUACAUUUGCUACAACACUGGACAAGAGAUGGAAAGAUUUUCAAAAGUAUGAUCUGACGAAACCCAAAUGUGUUGUUAAGAACACAAAGGGAGAAACGAUCGCACAGACAUUUUCUUCCAUCUUUCUGAAGAUGAGGACGUCUCAGUGGAUAUGUUCUUCGGAGUCUGGUUUGAAACUACAUAUUCCUCGCGAACUAUAUAAAGCUACUGACAAGAUUGUUGUAUUACUGGCCAACAAGGUGCGCUAUAUUUCAACCCAUUUUCGCGAUGAAGAUUUCAUAUACACACUGGGUGUGAAAAGAAAGAUCGAAUUUGAAGAUGUGGUUAUAGAAUUCAACAAAUGGAAAGAAGAAAGUCUGUUUACCACAACUUACGUUCACACACAGAAUAUAUACAAAUAUUUUCAAGAUCAUGUACUCGAUAAACCUGAUGUAUUCAAGCAGUUGCUAGAUGAACCCUUCUUUUUCCUGCUCUCUAGUCAUUGUUCUCAGCAACUUACUGAUGCCUCUGUAGCAGAAGGCAAAUUUCUUCUCAAGAAAGAUGUUUGCUGGGAGGAUCCAUCAGGUAUUCUUGUCCGUGGUGGAGACAGUGCGCUUCACAAGAGAGUCUUAAAAGGUUAUUAUCGUGAAGACGUGAAAAAUUUUUUUGUUAUUACUCUUGGGGUUGACUUGUAUCCGAGUACGAGGGAAUACCUAAGCAUUGUCAGUAGUAUCUCUCACAAAACCACUCUACCUGACAAAACUGCGUGCCAAAAGAUAUUCACCUUAUUUUCCGUCCUUGGACAAAAAUCUAUAUUGGGUGAUUGGGCAGCAAAAGAAUUAAAAGACUGGAGCUUACGGAAUGCUAUACACGAGAGGUACUCAUUAUACAGUGAUUUAAAAGACUACGUAAACCCUGCUGUUAUCCAGCAAUGUUCUACAAUAUUCGAGGAAAAAAUAUUUCCAACCUUAUCCAACAAAUUUGUGUCAUUGUCGGAACGCCCGCUUGUCGUGUUUAAUGAAAACUUAACGCGUGUAUAUAGAAAAUGCGAAGAAUUACCCCUGAUACUGUUUAACGAUGUUGUUUCGAUUUUACGAAAAUCCCUGCAAAGCUCACGACAUUCAAAGCGACAUGAAGAAAGAGAAAUAGAGAGGAAAAUGAUCAAGAUAUUGUGUUUCUUUAAAGCUUGCUCCCUGGCCACGUUAUUUGAUGUCGCGCUUGAGCCAGAGGUGAUCACUGUUGGAAUGAAACGUGGAUGUAAGAAAUGGGAACAAAUACUACACGACAUUGUUCCGUUUGUCCAGAGAUUUUUAGCUAGCAAACACCCGCAACUAUAUGAGGAGCUUCAACACAAGAAUUUUGCCAACUAUCUAGAAAACUCAAAGUUUUUUGAGGUGAAUAGUCUUGAGGUGAUUUAUCGUUUAAAGGAUCGAAGAAACGUCAACAUAAAAGUGCUGAAGGCAAGCAAGGUUGAAAAGUCCAGCGAAGAACGUGCCAUCAUAUACGUCACGGAGAAGCACGUCAAGGACAAGGGAAAGUACGAUACAAUACUAACAGAGUUGACGGAAUUAUUUGUCGGAAACUCAGAAGAGUUGAAAGAAAAUUUACUAGAAUUCGUUUUGUUUUUGAAUUCAGUCACCAACAAAGAAAGGCAUUUGGAAAGAAAGAAGAUUGCUCAGUUAGCUGAAAACGAUGUGUUGUGGAAAUAUCCAGAACCUGAACGAGAACCUCCACCGCCGCCGCCGCCAAAACCAACCCCAGCGGUUAUUGUGGAACCUAAAUCAAAGAGCGAAGGAGAGCAAAGACUAACGUGUUGGCCACCAAGAAAACCUGGUGGUAGUGGUAUAAAGACAAAACCAGAUUCAGUGAAAAACGAAGAGGCGGAGAUACUUGAGAAAUGGCAGCCACCUGCAGCUCCAGAAAGCGAGACGUCACAAAAAAUGGUAGCGCCGAACAGUGAACAGCAUACUCCCGUCCGUCAACAGGUAUCUAAUACAGCUGAACCAGUACCUGAAAUAUUUGCACCACAAAACCUAGAUCCUUCGUCUUCGCCACAUGUUGCCUCUUCGAGUGGCGCAAGUAACGAGGAAGGGAAAAGAACUUCUGAUGGUUUAAAAAGAAAACGAAACGAAAGCGAAAACUCUAAUCGUGAAUUUUCCGAUAACGCCGAGAUCAAACCGACUAACAAGAAACCAUUUUCUCAACUUCACCAGAACGAACAGGGACAAGCCAAUGACAAUAAUGACGCAAGGUGGACAAACCGGGGUAGAAGUUUCAGUGGAAACUUUAGAUUUGACCCUUCACUUAUACCACGUCUUGAGUUACUUCAACAAUAUGAGGAUUUGCCGUUUUCGCUUGAAGUAGAAGAAGGAGAGAUUAGUCCUUUUUCAAAAAUGGAAGGAAAAGAAUUAGACUUGAAUAAUCCAAUCGGAAAAAUUGGAGAACAUUGUGUUUAUCUUCAGCUUCGUCAGCAUUAUGAAAAGGAAAUCGAUGCCGGCAAUGUAUCCAUCACUUGGCUUAACUCGGAAUCCGAGACCGGAGAACCAUAUGAUUUAAAAAUUACGUACGCCGAACAUCUGGACUAUCAGCCUAUUUACGUUGAAGUAAAAACGACAUAUCUUGAUGAAAAGAAGGAAUUCGAAAUCUCCUCACAGCAGUUGAAAUUUGCAUUUGACCAGGGACCGUGUUUUCACCUGUAUCGUGUGUCUGGUCUAUCUAAAGAACGCGAUGUAAAAAUAAGACGCCUUGUAAACUUAGCAGCAUACAUGGACAACAAAUCCGUUAAACUUUUCAUGGUGCUUUAAAAGCAUGUCCUUUAAACGAUUUUUUUUUCACGCUAUUUCUCCAGUCUUAAAUGAUUCGAUAUAUUAAAAGAGCUCCUGUCAAAUGAAGAAUUUGUGUCAGGGAAAAUGUUUUGAUUCUUUUAUUUCUAUUUCUUGAUUUUGUUAAAGAAAUAUUAUUUUGAGGUUUGUAACUUUGAUUUUUAUGUCAGUAUUUUAAACUAAAGAGUUUUUGUUUUUUUUAAAGGAGGCCAGUGCACAAGAAUAUUUUAGUUCAAUAAACGAGUUAAAAAAACAGACCAGAUUGGAUGGGACCUUUUAUCUAACCGCCUUGUCGAGGAAACAAAAACGUCGCAGAAAAUAACAUUGUUUUGUUUUUUAAAAAUAUAAAAGCCCUGAGGAAAUAUAGCUUCCCUACUUUCCUUCUCUUACCAGAGCUGUUUUAUAUAAACCUCAAGGUUAUCUCAAAGAGCUCUGGGAACAAGGAUGCCUACUUUUAUCAGUUUUUAGUUUUUACAUCAUCAUUUUUAUAUAGAGAGAGUUUAAUUUACACAAUAUAACAGUAAUUAUUUUUGGUAGCAUUUUUUCCUUUGUUAAUAGUAAUGUUUUUGUGUUACCAUAUCGUGUAUUUUCUUUGUCUUGAUUAUCCAAACCAUAUCGUGUA